GCGUCGGGCCCAACGGCGGUGUUUGGCGAGGGCUUCCAUCCGCGUGGUGAGCGCACAGAAAGCGUUGCACAUCGCCGGCCUGUUAUGAAACCGAUCGGCGAGAACCGCGACGUGUCACAUGACCCACAAGGCGGGGACGUCAACGUUGUGUCCACGCCACCAGUAUGUCGCCGAGUCAUCGACGCCAUACGUGCUGCCAGAGUAGAGACCUUCUUGGCGCUGUACUUGGUCUCGCGUUUCAUGACUAUGACGCCAAUACAGGACCUGCUUCUCCGCAAGGCUUGCCUCAACGAGCUGCACAUGAACACGAGCGUGUGCGCGCGCUUGGACGAAAACGAGUCCAUCAAGGACGCAGCCGAACGGAUCUCGAGCACGACGAGCACCGCGCAGACCAUCGUUGCCAUGGCGCCCUCUUCAGUCGUCGCCAUCUUCAUUGGACCCUGGUGCGACAAGUACGGCUACAGGUUGCCGCUGGUCAUCGCCACCUUGGGUUUUCUGGCGAGUACGGCGCUGACUCUAGUGACGGUGUACCGCAUGGAGAUGCCGCUGUACGCCAACAUCCUCUCCUCCAUCCCGGACGGCCUCAGCGGGGGUCUCAUCACCGUCUUCGCCGCAGUGCACAGCGUGGCGGCUGUCACGACAGGCGUGAAGGGCAGGAGGGCCCGGUUCUUCGGGCUCAGCAUGGUCAUAGUCCUGUUCAUCACAGUCGGCGGUUUCCUCGGAGGGCAGCUGUACGGCCACUGCGGCUUGAAGACGGUGCUCAGCGUCUCUCUAUUCUUCGCCAGCGUGGCUGUUCUCUGGGCCUUCCUGGCCAUCGAGGAUAUUGUGAUGCCCGAGCACGAGGCGGAUGGCGUGACGCUGAAGCUGCGAAACCUCUUCAAAGUGAACAACCUGUGCGAGGGCUUCAAAUGCACGAUGAAGGCCAGGCCUAAAAAAGGCAGGGCGCAGAUUUUGUGCCUCUUCGGCGCCACCUGCGGAGUUGUCUUCGAGCAGUCCUCCAAGUCUAUCGACUACUACUACGUGCGCAAAAUGUACUCCUGGAGCGUGGGACAAUACGCGACCGUGCAGACCGUGACGUCGCUGGCGUGCUUGGCGUUGUACGUGCCGCUCAUCUACCUCUUCCUGCGAGUGUUCAAGAUUAGCGAUCCCGGCAUGGCGGUCGUCGGAGUGUUCUUCGCAACCGCGCAGAUGGCCGUGCUGGGACUGGCCUACACGGAGUGGCUGUACUAUCUCAGCCGCGUGGUGGGCAUACCAACAUUCCUGGCAAAGGCGGGUAUCCGUACGCAUCUCUCGAAGCUGGUGGGGAACAACGAAGUUGGCAAGGUGUUCGCGUUCCUUUCUUCGUUCGACACUGUGGUACCACUGGCGGGGGACGUGCUACUUACUUGGCUGUUCAACGUGUCCAUCGCCUUCAUGCCGGGUCUUCCCUACCUAGCCGCCGCCGGAAUUACCGGAAUCGCCGUUGGUCUCAUGGGCUACGUCACUAAGGUGCACCGGCGGUACAUCACUUAUGAAGGCAUGCCAAACACAGAGGAAGCAUCAGCAGCCGUCAGUAAUUGAAGCACGAUAAGGCGUACGGUCAACAGAAACUCAGGUCGUCAGAAGGCGGACCAGCAUGGCGUGCUAUAGUGUGGUCACCAUUGACUGUGGGCAACUUGAGAAAGCGUUGCAGGCCAUGUGUUUGGUGCGAUCGCAUGUCUCUAUCUGGGUCAUCGAUUAAUCGGUGUCAAACCUCCUGUAAGGGGGCAGCUGCUCAACUCGCUUUCAAAAAGUAUUGCUUAGAAGGACUGAAUGUUGAGCAAAUUGUUUGGGGUUCAUGGUGCAGAAACGAUGGCACGAAGAAAUGCGUACACGUAUAAGGACAAGGACAACUCACGCGCUCACUGUCACCCCGUCAGUAAGUUGUCAGAUGAUAGUCUGUGUUUGAAACUGGAAAGUCAUCUGACAAGGGUCAUUGUCGGAUAUUUGUGUUACACACUUCUUGCCCUCUGCGGGCCCGUGCAGGAGUGAGUGUAAACGAAAAGAGAGGCGGAGAACAACUUGUCAUGUACAAACUCUUCGUUUAAUAUAUCUGAGAGCAAUUUAUAUAGAGCAAUAACAAGGUGGUGAUAACAUCUUACUUCGUACACAACAAUAUCUUCAAUUAUGAAAAAAGAUAUCAAAUAUAGCACACAUAAAAAUGUAAGAAUUUU